AUGUCCAUCAUAACCGAGCUUCGAAAAAUCAACCCCGAAAGAAGAAUCAUCCUCCACCAAGACAAUGCAAGCUCGCACACAGCCCAAAAUACAAGGCAGUAUUUAACGGAACAAAACGUGGAAUUAUUGGACCAUCCUCCAUAUAGUCCCGAUCUAAGUCCUAACGAUUUCUUUACUUUCCCGAAAAUUACAAACAGACUGCGUGGUCAAAGGUUCCAGUCACCAGAGGAAGCAGUUGACGCAUCCAAAAAUGCCGUUUCGGAUCAGCCAGCAAACGAGUGGAAUAAGUGCUUCGAAAAUUGGUUCGAGCGCGUGCAGAUGUGUAUUAAUCUUCGUGGAGAAUACGUCGAAAAACAAUAAAGUCAUUUAAAACUACCCACCGUGUUGUUCUAUCUCCAUAUGCAAAACUUAAAAGACAUCCCUCGUAACCUACAGGGUUUGUCCGGAAAGUAAUAGGACUC